UAUAAAAACGUAAACAAUUGACAAAACAUACUGAAGACUGUGAAAUUAACACAAAAAACUUUAUAAUAACAAUAAAUCUAUCAACAUUUUUGGUUGAAGUUUAUUGCAUGUUUUUUAAGACAACUAUUACUAAAAGAGAAAGGGAUAUAAUUGUUAAAUUUGUAUGACAUUCUUCAUUAACUAUUGUGAAUAGCCCAUGCGCAGUUAGACUACUAUCACACUUUACAAUACAAGUAGUAGUAAUUUCUUUUGUCUUUUCUAAUAUAACGAUAAAGAGAAAAUUAUAAAGAAAAAGGAACUUGUAAGUUAAAAAUUACAAAUUAAAAGAAGUUUCUUAAGUAAUACGGAAUAGUGUAUAUGUUCAUGUACUAUUGUUAUAAUACACGCACGUAGAUUUAUACAUUGACAUAUAUACCGUUGUUUUGAUGGAUGUUUUUUUCGCACAUGAUAAUAAAUGAUACGACUCUGCUUGAAUGAGUGACGUAAUUUAAUUUACAAAUAUCGCAUAUCAACGAGUAUAGUAUUUUUGUCACUUAAUAAGAGAUUAUUCAUGCAAGAUAUAGUGUAAAAGUGAAUCAAAAACGUGAGAGUUUAACCCAACGUUUCCAUAGCGGAAAAGUCUGAUACAAGUAAAGUAAAAAUUAACCAAAUCAUGGCUCUAGAAAUGGAGGAUGGCGAUUAUUUAGGUGCUUAUAAACGUUUCUUUACUGAUUUCGUGGAAAAUAUGGAUCCUGAUGAUCAACUGCCUGUAAAAAUGACUGGACAUGAAAUUACUGAAGAUGAAGUUGUUGGAGAAAUCAUUGAUAUGACCCUCCAAUACCUUAAUCAGAAGUACUGUCCGACAAGUUUACAAUCAUUUAUCGUUCGAUUAGUGAUAGAAGAAAUGAAGACAAUAUUCAAACUGCAGCCAGAAUGCUGUGGUCUAAAAGACAAUAUUUAUGCGCCACUACAAUUAAUGCAAGCAGUAACAAAAAAGGUGAAUGAGAUUUGCCACCGGUAUAUGGAAAGCAGUCGACUUGCUUUACUACCUCCACCACCAUCAUCACCCGCACCUUUGGUAUCAGUAUAUGCGAUUAAAAAUAAUCGACGAAAAAUGGAAGAUCGAUACGUUAUCUUACAUGAUUUAAAUGCUAUUUUUAAUAUUGAAAAUGAUUUACCGACAAGUUAUUACGCAGUAUUUGAUGGUCAUGCAGGACAAGAUGCUGCUGUCUAUUGUGCGGCGCAUCUUCAUCAGUAUUUAGCAGAAAGUGUUCAUUAUCCUACUGAUUUAGAGCGUGCAUUACGGGAUGCUUUCGUUACAACUGACAGUUAUUUUAUUCAAAAAUCCAAACAAUAUUCGUUAAACAGUGGAGCAACUGCAGUAUGCGCCGUAAUUUUCAAAAAAAAAUUGUACAUCGCUUGGGCAGGUGAUUCUCAAGCUGCUCUAGUAAAAGGAGGAAAUGUAAAUCAGCUUGUGAAUCCACACAGGCCAGAGAGAAAUGACGAAAGAGAAAGGGUAGAAAAGAUGGGAGGAGUAGUAUUAUACUUUGGAAUGUGGAGAGUUAAUGGUGAUUUAGCAGUAUCAAGAGCAAUAGGAGACGCCCAAUAUAAACCCUAUGUAACUAGUGAACCAGAGAUACGUUGCGUGAUUUUGGAUGGUACUGAAGACUUUCUUAUCAUUGCUUGUGAUGGUCUUUGGGAUUGUGUUAAUGAAACAGUUGCCGCUAAACUCGUUUAUAAUCAAGUUUGUCGAGAUCCACAUAACAUUGAGGCAGUAAGCCGGUGUUUAGUUGAACACUCUAAAAAUCAAGGUUCAUCAGAUAACAUCACUGUAAUCGUAGUGUUUUUAACACCACCAACUAAAAUAGCAUCAAGAUCUUACGCUCAUCUGCAACUUGCAGAUGUUCAUCUAGAUAACAUGGAUCCAGAUAAUCGGUAUUUAUCCAAUGCUAAUGGCCAGUAUGAUAUAAAUGCUGGCUUUGUUAAACAGUCACUAAGUCAAGCAAAUGGAUCCAAUCUUAAUGAAGAAACAUCACCAUUUGUAUAUCGUAAAUCAUCAAAUGGACAAGAUAAUGGAAUUGUAGAUUAUGAUGAUGAAGAUGAUGAAGAUUUUGGUCCAGAAACUGAUGUUGAUGUGGUUGAUGAUACUGGUGAAAGUUGUAACCUAGCUAACGUCUCAAGAGAACUUUUCCCUGAUAAGGACUCAAGAGAUUUUGCCGAAGAUGAAGUCAUGAAUGAUUCUCCACCUUCUCCUAAUGAUAACAAAUCACAUCAAAAUGAAUUAAUAGGUGAUACAGAGAAUGUAGCUGAUAGUGAGGACUCUGACGACGAGUGGAAUUACUACAAAGUCGAUCCGAAUAAGGAAAAAGACGCCGACGAGAAAGCAGAAUCAAAAGAAUCAGCCGUAGUUAUUGAUAAAGAGUGUACAGAAGUUUCAAAAUCAUUUGAAGCUUUUGAAAGUGAAAAAGAAGAGCAGGAAAAUCGUAAAGAAAUCGAUUCUGACAGCUCUAGUGACGACGAAAAAGAAAACGAAAAAGAAUAUCUUUAUACUAAUUCGCUUAUUAAUACUGAGACAAGCGAGAAAUAUAUUGAAGAAAAAGAACAAAUAUCUGAACCUGAAAUAGUGCAAAAAGAAAUGGAUUUUCCUCUAAAUCCGAAUGCUGCAGAGUUUAUUCCCGUUUCAACACCUAAAAGUCUUUCAGCACGGAUUAUGGAUUUACCAAUUGCCGGAUCACCUUUAAAACCACCAUCCAUGAUGGAUGAUAUCCGUCUUCCAAGUCCCUCUGAAUUUAGAGAAGGAGCAAGCAGUCGCCCUCAUGAUCUAGAGGAUAAAGAUGAUAUUACAGCGGCAAAUGGUAAUUUCUUAAUGACUGAUAAUGAAGAAGAACAAUCUACUGUUAGUAAAAAAAAGUUAGGUUUUGGACUUGAUGAAUCAGAAGUAUCAUCUACAAGAGCAGAGUUUGGUGAUGAAUCCAUAGCAAGUUAUUUAACAAAUGAUUUACAAAAAGUUGAAACAUGUGAUGAGUCAUAUUCUGAAAAUUGUAGCGGAUUAGAAAAUAAUGACCCCAUGACUAUGUCAUUUGGCCCAGGAAGACCUAAUCCACUUAGCCAACCUGUUGAUUUAAAUGCUGUUCAUGAGUUGAACGACUAUGAUCUUUGUGAUUUGAAUAUAAGCAACCAAGAAGAAGAUAAUUCAGCAACACAAUCAUUAGAUGACCAUCCAGAAUUAGUUAAUCUUAUCUCACCAGAAUCAGAAACUCCUAAACAUUCAAAUGCUUUUCCUAAUCAUGAAAAUAUUGACUUACUCGGAACAUCAUCACCAGUACUUGAACAGCCAAAUCAUCAGAAGUUUGAAGAAAAAAUGGAUGAUGUUACAUCAGAAGUUGCAGCAAUGAAUCUCAGGAAUGAACAAUUGACUGAAGAACGUUUAGAAACGAAACCAGAACCAGACGCGUGUACGUUUAAAAAUAAUCUUCAAAGCGAUGAUUGUCUACUUAUGCAAGUUGAUCAACAGAUAGAUGAAUCACCAGUACUUCACGAAACAUCUCAAUCAGAAUCCGCCAAUAAUAUUGAAUCAGAAACUCAACACGAUUCGCAAUCUAAUCAAUUUUGCCAGGAUUUCGAAUCACAUGAAUUUGAACAUCAAGAAAAUUUAGCACCUAAUAUUACACAAGAAAGGAAAUCUCCAGCUCCUGAGGUACAAGUAUUUUCUAAUCCUUUAGAUUUUAAUACUUUAUUAAAUUCAGGGAAAGUAUCAGCUGACGAAUAUAAAUUGGAAAAUGAGGUAGAUAAUGAAGAUGAAAAAAUGAAUGUCUGUGAAGAAGACGAGAAUGAACCAAUUAAUGAAGAGUUUGAUCCCCCUACAGGUGAUCCUUUUACACGUUCAUUAAGUCCUUCUCCAGAGAAAGUGCUAGAGCCAGAAUCAAAAGAAGAAGAAAUGAACGUUGCAAUUGAAGAACCUGAAGAAGAAUCUGUCGAAAAAUCGAUUGAAGAACCUAUUGAUGAAAUCGUUGAUGAUGGUGAACAAAUAUCAAUUGUUCAUGUUGAUUCGUCAAUAAAACCAUCAAAAUCUCUUCAAGAAUUCACAGGAUUAGAAAAAGAAUUAGAUCCAGCAGAGAAUAUUGAAGAACCUAUUAAAGAAGAAAUCAUAAUUAUCGAGAAAGAAGCUGAAAAAGAAAUUAUAGUUAUUGAAGAAGAUCCUGUAUUGAAAGAGAAAGAGCAACUUCAAGAUGAUCCAACGAUAGAAGAAUUAACCGAUCAAAUUGCAGUUGUUGAAGAACCUAUCAUUGAAAGUCAGCCUGUUAAUGAAUCAGUGGUCGAAAAAAGUGAUGAUUCAUCUAAACUCACUGCUACUGUUGUUCCAACAAUUGUAACAUCUACUGCGGCUGAAAAACCUAAAUCUCCAAAGUUAGUAUCGAAGACUGCUACAAAAUCAACAACGAAAUCGACCGCAAAAUCAACACCAACAUCUCCAACAAAAGCCUCUUGUCCAACAUCACGAUCUACAAUGGGUCAAGUAACAAAGAAAACUUCUACUACUACUACGACUAAUCGUCCAAAACCUGCAGAAUCUGUUGCCAAAACUUCAACAGUAGCAAACAAAACAAGUGCACCAAAACCACCAUCAAAAACUACGACUGCUCGAUCAACACUUGCACCGAAACCGAAACCAUCAUUAACAACUAAAUCACCAUCAGCCACUACAGAAAAGAAACCUUUAACUACUCUGAGUAAUGGAGAGGCUAAACCAGCGGCAAAAGCUCCGAUAAAAUCGAAGAUUUCAGCUGCUACUACAGCUCCAAAGUCUCUAGUCAAGCCGUCUACUACUGCUCGUCCUGCUACAGCACCAGCAGCAAAACCUAAGCCUCCCACUAGUUCUACCGUGACUAAAACAGCUGUCAAAUCUGCUGUUUCUAGUACUACUGGUACCACUACAAGGCCUAAGACUGCAUCUUCGACAUUAACUGCCUCAAAACCUCGCACAUUAACCACUACAAAAUCUCCAGCAUUAGAUAAACAAAUCAAAGAAACAGCCAAUAAACAAAUAUCAUCAAGUCGCACAAGCACGGCAUCCACUACGAAAACAAGUCGCACAACCACUAAUUCUACCACAACUAUGACUUCCAUGACAGCUCGACGUAAUAUUACUACUACAACUAAAAAAUCUCCCACAACAAAUAGAAUCAGUGCAAAAAAUACUACUACGGCUGCUAAAACGACUAAUAAAGUUAGCAGUGCUAAAGUAAAAAUACAAAACGGCGUUUGCGAAAAUAAAGAAACGAAAAUGAUUGCCGAAGCAACGACAACUACGACGACAAAUGAUGAUAUACCGAAAAAAGAUUCUCCAAUUGAGAUGACGACUGAUAAUCAACUCAUUACUGCAGAUUGAAGAUUUUUCUAGAACAACAUUACACGAAUUGUUAUAAUAAAUCCUCUCAUCAAUUAAAUGACCGAUAGUUAUCAUAAAGAUCGAUGAAUAAUGAAAGAGGAUUAUUCUAUGCUUUUUAUUCGCACUUAGAUACUCCUCAGUUUUAUUACUUUUAUCCAUCCAAUCAUUUAAAGUAUAUAAAGAAUUUGAAAAACGACAUAAUAUACGCUUGCAACCUUUAAUAUAUAAAAAAACAAACAUUUUGGAUAAUUUUUACAUUUUAUCCUCUUGUCAGUAAUAAUUGUCAUCUAUUUUAAUUGCCAAUUAUCUUUCAAAUAAUUCACUUAUUGUAUCAAUGAAUAUAAAUGAACAAAUAAUCAGAAUUUCAAUAAUACUUAUAAUAAUUGCAAUUUAAGAACGAUGAAUCCAAGAUAUUAUCAAACUUGAGUUUCAUUUUUUCUUUAAAAAAAAACAUUUAAUUUAAUUAUUAUCGAGUAUAAAAAGCAAUCAUAAAAUUGAAUACAACACGUUUUCUAUUCUAGUUUAACAUAUUUAUUGUGUUUGAAACUACACGUUCGAAAGUUUAUAUAUUAAUGAAUUGUUCUUGGGAUUACAAAAAAAAAAACGAAUUCUUUUAUGAUUUGGGUACAUGCAAAUGAAUGAUAUCUUGAGCUUUAUUUUUACAAUUGUAUUUUUAUUAGUUGAUCGUAUAUAUAUAUAUAUUGACAUUAUAAUAUUUUAUUUAAUUUGAAAAAUAAGGUAAUUGGCAAUUUAAUAUUAAUUUAAAUUAUUUUUAUUGAUAGUAGUAGGUGCAUGGAAAAUAAUAAAUAAAUGUUUGUUUGUGUAUUAAACGGCUGGCGUAUAUCAAUUUUAUUAUUUAUAUAUGCUUACAAUCCUGAGGAUAUUGCAUAGCUUUUCUUUGCAUAUGAUCCAAGCAUUAGGAGUUUUUUUUUAAAAGUACUACCUCAGGAACUUCAGUGAAAUUCAAAAAAAAAAAAUGUCUAUUACACGUGAUUACAAUGAGCAGGAUUUUUUUUAUAUUUUUAAUUUUAUAACUGCUUUUUAUACUCGAUAACAUACGAUCAAUGUACUUUAUUAUAAGAAUUAGAAUAUUGAAGUAACAGAAAAAGAAAAAAAUAUGUAGAGGAACCGAAAAAAAUGUAGAAAUGAGUAUAAUUAAAAAAAAUUAUGUAUAAUGAAAAAAGAAAAAAAUUAUUGGUACCAAGUAAAAAUGAGAAAAAAAUGAAAUCGUCCAACUCCUAUGAUUCUACGUACUGCAUCUUAUGUACAGCACUUUUAUGAUUUAAUGUGAUACCUUAUUAUUAUUAAAUAAAUUCAAAACAUUAUAAAAUAAAUAAAGUUUAUUAAAAAAAUUUCAAGGGUGUGGAAUGACUAUUUUCAUGGAUAAAAGUUUGUGUAAGAAAAUUUUUAUUGAUUGAUUAACUUUAUAAAAUCAGUACAUCAGUUUAGUAUCUAUACUCUCUUGUAGGUACGAACAGCCUUAACUCCGUGUUUUUUGUCAGACAGAUGCUGAAAAUAAUUAAUUUUGUGUUAAUUACAUGAAGAAAUGAUUGACUUUAAAUUUGCAAUGAAUGAAUAAAAUGAAAUUUUUUUUACAACUA